AGCAUUGACAGAACUGCGUGGUACUACUAUUGUUCGCACACCGAAGAGCUACAUUAGACUCUCAUUUCUGAUUUGGGAAUGAAAUGGUGCAAGUGUUGAGCGAUGUCGCAAUCCGAAGAGGCAUGUUUUGAAAACGGCGGAGCAGGUUCAUCUCCCUUCAACCACGGAAAAUGUGGCCCCGGCAAGAAUCUAAGUUUUGGUAGGCGGCAGAAUCCGUUUUCAGUUCAUCCCCAAAAGAAUAAAAAGUCGAAAUAUGCAAGGAAAGAGGAAGAGUCGAAGAAAAGGAAACCGAAUAACGAUGCCGAGUUUCGUUAUGGCAACUAUCAUCAAUAUUACGGAUAUCGAAAUCAAGGAGCGACGGAUUCCCGCCUCUUGUGUAUGAAAAAAGAGUGGUUUGAAGGGCGUGAUGUCCUGGAUGUGGGCUGUAAUGCGGGCCAUUUCACCCUGUCCUUGGCCAAGGAGUUCCUCCCCCGCAGCAUCGUGGGGGUGGACAUAGAUGGCGCCCUGGUCAAGAUGGCCAUGAGGAACGUGCGCCACUACUUCGGGGCCCAGGACCUGCCCCGGGACGCCUUCCCCCUCUCCCUGGUGCUGAGCUACGGGCCCCUGGCUGAGGCCCUGUGCCCCAGGGGCAGGGGCCCCACGGAGGGGCACUUCCCGUUCAACGUGCAGUUCCUGCAGUGCAACUUUGUGCUCCCCGAGGACGAGAUGGUGGACUGGGUGGGGGAGCACUUUGACACGGUGCUCUGCCUGAGCCUCACCAAGUGGGUGCACCUCAACUGGGGGGAUGCCGGGAUACGGAGGCUCUUCCGCAGGUGUCACAACCACCUGAGGCCGGGAGGACACCUGCUGCUGGAGGCCCAGGACUUCAGGUCCUACGCCAAGAGGAAGCGCAUCCUGCCGGACUGCCUGAAGAACUACCAGAGCAUCCAGCUUUAUCCGGAGAUGUUCAACGAGUACCUGCUGAAGGAAGUGGGUUUCGAAACCUGUGAGCUGGUCGAUGUUCCCGCCCACUCCUCCAAAGGCGAGUCUUGUUUCGGUUAUGAUGCUUUUAGUCUGUUACCAGGUGUUGCUUGUGCUGUCCUGUGA